AGGAAAAUUGUCAAAACAGCGAUCUUUCUGGGUUCCUUUCGCAUGCCCUACGAAGAGAUUAAGAAUGUCAUCCUGGAGGUGAAUGAGGCUGUUCUGACUGAGUCUAUGGUCCAGAACCUCAUUAAGCAGAUGCCGGAGCCAGAGCAGCUGAAAAUGCUUUCUGAACUGAGAGACGAGUACGACGGCCUGGCCGAGGCAGAGCAGUUCGGGGUGGUGAUGGGCACGGUGCCCUGCCUGCGGCCUCGCCUCAACGCCGUCCUCUUCAAGCUGCAGUUCAGUGAGCAGGUGGAGAACAUCAAGCCGGAGAUUGUUUCUGUGACGGCUGCAUGUGAGGAGCUGAGAAAGAGUGAGAACUUCUCCAGCCUCCUGGAGCUGACCCUGCUCGUGGGGAAUUACAUGAACGCUGGCUCCAGGAAUGCGGGUGCUUUUGGCUUCAAUAUUAGCUUCCUCAGUAAGCUUCGAGACACCAAGUCCACAGAUCAGAAGAUGACACUGUUGCACUUCCUGGCUGAGUUGUGUGAGAAUGACUACCCUGAUGUCCUCAAGUUUCCAGAUGAGCUCGCCCACGUGGAGAAAGCCAGCCGAGUUUCUGCUGAAAACUUGCAAAAGAACCUAGAUCAGAUGAAAAAACAAAUUUCCGAUGUGGAACGUGAUGUUCAGAAUUUCCCAGCUGCCGUAGAUGAGAAAGACAAGUUUGUUGAAAAAAUGACUAGCUUUGUGAAGGAUGCCCGGGAGCAGUAUGACAAGCUGCGGAUGAUGCACUCUCACAUGGAGACCCUCUAUAAGGAGCUGGGCCAGUAUUUCCUCUUCGACCCUAAGAAGGUGUCUGUGGAGGAAUUCUUCAUGGAUCUGCACAACUUCAGGAAUAUGUUUGUGCAAGCAGUCAAGGAGAACCAGAAGCGGCGGGAGAUAGAGGAAAAAAUGCGACGAGCAAAACUAGCCAAGGAGAAGGCCGAGAAGGAGCGGCUGGAGAAACAGCGGAAGAGAGAGCAGCUCAUAGACAUGAAUGCAGAGGGCGAUGAGACAGGUGUGAUGGACAGCCUUCUAGAAGCACUGCAGUCAGGCGCCGCAUUCCGACGGAAGAGAGGACCCCGUCAGGCAAACAGGAAGGUUGGGUGUGCGGUCACAUCGGUCCUAGCCUCCGAGCUGACCAAGGAUGAUGCCAUGACUGCAGUUCCUGCCAAGGUGGCCAAGAACAGAGAGGGAGUCCCCACAGUCCUUGAGGAAACCAAGGAGUUGAUUGGCCGUGCGAGCUAAGCUGGAGCCUGUGGCCGCAGCAGCUCCUCGGGGGAACCGGCCUGCUGCUGUCUGUACAUCACACACAGCUUCGGCCGCCUGGAGGACAGAAGGAAAGGGCAGUGUGGGGGCGGCCUGGGCCCAACCCGGCCAGCCCGCUGCUGUAUUUACUAAAGCAGGCUCCAUGCCUGCUGCCUUAACCCUCAGUGUCUCCUCGCUGUCACCCUGAGGCCUCGUCCCCGACAAGGCCCUGCCUGCUUCCUCACCCCCGCCUUUCCGGGGGGCUUUCACUGUCACCUCGUCGGCCUUGCUGGGUUUGUGCUUUUCUUUCAUGGUUCCUCUGGCCCUGAGAACGGCAUGGGGUUUGUGGACCUUGGGGCUAUAUUUCUCCUCCCACUGCUGUCACCCCCACUCCCCUCUCCCCUCUCCUGGCCGUUGUUAUUUAUUACUAGUGAUGUGGCAUUGGGAGCUACUUCUAAGGAGGCGGGGAGCAAACCUCAUCCGUACCCCACCUUCCUGGGGAAGGCUUCCCAAAACAAAAAGACCUGGACCACUUAAUCUGCUCUACAGUGGCCUGGGCCUGAGCCUGUGGGCAGGCAGGCAGGGCAGAGACAUGGUGGGGCCCACUGCAGCCUGCUGCCAUGCUUUGUGCCCUCGCCUUUCUGGACCCUCUGCACCAGCCCCAGCCUCCCCGGAGCUUUGGUGCAUCUCAUCUGGAACAUGGGCUGUGGGGGAGGCCCGAGCGCAGCCCGGCCAGACCUCACCCUCUGUCUCCAAGGAAAUGGGAGGUGGAGCCUCUGGCUGAGAAAUUGUAUUGCAAAUUGAUCUAUUUUUGUAUGAAUUUUUUUUUUUUUUUUAAGGAUAAUAACUCCUCCUUUUCCCUUCCUCCUCUGUAACGGUAAGAGGCUUUGAUGGCAGGUUUGAGAGAGUCCCUGGGUUUUCUCCCCACGGGCCUCAAUCCUGAACAAGUCCCCUGGACCUCCACCUCAGCUCUCCAGCCUUCCGGGCCCUUGUGGCCGAUGCAGAUUCUCUUUCCCAGCAUCCAGUUUUUGGGCAGAGAAGCCCUUCUCCCAGUGAGCUGGACCAAGCCCAAGAGCAGUGGGAGCUCUGAGGCCACAGAGUUUUUAUAAAUUCAAUAUAUUCAUCAAGCCAAAUGUGCAGAUGCUAACUGGAAGUUCUGAGCCCACAUGCACCCCUGCUUCCAUCUCAGCGGUUGGCAGGCCUCACUGUUCCGUGGCCCCAGCGCCAGGAAGCUCAGAUUCUCUGGCUCAAGGUGAUACUUUGCCCUCUGUUGUUCCCUCGGACUUCCACCCCCAGGUAGGGAGAGAAUGGCACUGUUCGGGCCUGGCCCGGAGGCCUUGAGGCCAGGAGGCAGGUUCUGGCUGUCCCAGAGAUGCAUGUGUGAAGGGCCAACAGCAGCCCCUCUGAGCUAUUCCUGGGAAGACUGGUGCAGAGGCCUGCUGCUCCUCUGGGUCCCCUCCUAUUCCCUGCUGACACCUGGGGCUUUGACCCUUUCUUUUUUAAAUCUACUUUUGCCAAGAUGCAUUUAAUAAAAAAAAAAAAAAAAGGAGGGGGGACAAAAUGCAAACAUAUGUCCCUCGCCUCUUGGGCUUCUGGGAUGUCAUCACCUCCGGUUCAUUGGAUUUGUUUCCAACUGUUAAUAAAGCAUUGACUUCAGCAGCA